UUCCUGUAAUGGCGGAGGCUUUCCACCCUCCCUAUUUAUGUUACCCAUUAGUCUGACCUUUAAGCCUCUCUCUUUCUCUCUCUCUCUCUCUCCAUCGCUGCCCCCCUUUGCAAACUCCCGUUCCAAAGCUUCAUUUAAGUUUUCUCUGACUGCAAAACUUAUCAUGUACAUUUAUUAGCUCAGGAAAGAAAAUAUUUUUUCCAUAUUUUUUAGGGUUCUAACGUCCAAACUACAACUUUUAUUAAAGAAAAGAGGAGAAAACUCGAAUACCACGGAGGUCCAUGUUUGCUUCACAUUGUAAUAAUAGCAUUUUAUUGGGAGAAUCUGGGAAUCUUUAGCUGUGCCUGCAGUCACCUCAAGAAGUAAGAAUGGCAAAGGAGUACAGCGGAUCCCCAAAGCAUCAUCAGCUGGAAUCUAAGAGGAAGCGCCUCAGUUGGAUCCUAGGGGUCAGUGGGCUGUGCAUUUUGUCUUACAUUUUUGGCGCCUGGCAGAAUACUUCUGCCCCCACAAAUCAAUCUGAGGUCUACAAUAAAGUCGGUUGUGAUGGUGGAUCACCUCCAGCAGGCAGCAGUGUACCGUCGGCGUCAUCAUCAUCAUCAUUUUCAUUGGACUUUCAAAGCCAUCAUCAAGUUGAGAUCAACAACUCCGGUGGAGUCCAGAAGUUCCCACCUUGUGAUUUGUCCUAUAGCGAAUACACCCCUUGCCAAGAUCCAGUGAGGGGAAGGAAAUUCGAUCGUAACAUGUUGAAAUACAGAGAGCGGCAUUGCCCCAAAAAGGAAGAACUCCUCCUUUGCCUGAUACCUGCUCCACCAAGAUAUAAGACCCCUUUCAAAUGGCCUCAGAGCCGAGACUAUGCCUGGUAUGGCAAUAUUCCCCAUAGAGAGCUCAGCAUUGAAAAGGCUGUUCAGAAUUGGAUUCAAGUCGAGGGUGAGCGUUUCAGAUUCCCUGGAGGAGGCACCAUGUUCCCCCGUGGAGCUGAUGCAUAUAUUGAUGACAUUAACGAUCUCAUUCCUCUCAAAAGCGGGAAUAUCAGAACUGCAAUAGAUACAGGCUGUGGUGUAGCAAGUUGGGGAGCUUACCUGUUGAGGAGGGACAUCCUGGCAAUGUCUUUUGCACCAAGGGACACACACGAAGCACAGGUCCAGUUUGCAUUGGAGCGGGGAGUUCCUGCUAUGAUUGGCAUUAUGGCUUCACAGAGGCUUCCUUACCCAGCGAGGGCUUUUGAUAUGGCUCAUUGUUCCCGUUGCUUGAUUCCUUGGCAUAAAUAUGAUGGUAUGUAUCUAAUUGAAGUGGACAGAAUUCUAAGGCCUGGUGGUUACUGGAUUCUUUCUGGCCCUCCUAUCCACUGGAAGAAACACUGGAGAGGAUGGGAAAGAACCCAAGAAGAUUUGAAAAAAGAGCAAGAUGCAAUUGAGGAUGUUGCCAAGAGCCUCUGCUGGAAGAAAGUGAUUGAAAAGAAUGAUCUUUCAAUUUGGCAAAAGCCCAUCAACCACGUUGAAUGCAUUAAGGUCAGGAAGUUGUAUAAAACACCGCAUAUAUGCAAGUCAGACAAUCCAGACACUGCUUGGUACAGAAAUAUGGAAACUUGCAUCACCCCACUACCAGAAGUAAGCAGCUCAGAUGAAGUUGCUGGUGGGGGGUUGGAAAAGUGGCCCCAGCGCGCAUUUGCCAUCCCUCCUAGAAUUACUAGUGGUUCAAUACCAGGGAUCACCGCUGAGAAAUUCCAAGAGGACAAUGAACUAUGGAAAGACAGGGUGACACAUUACAAGCGGAUCAUUCCCCUAUCCCAAGGACGAUACAGGAACAUAAUGGACAUGAAUGCCUACCUUGGCGGAUUCGCUGCAGCCCUGUUAAAGUAUCCCGUGUGGGUUAUGAAUGUGGUUCCUGCCAAUUCGAAACAGGACACUCUAGGAGUCAUUUAUGAACGGGGUUUCAUCGGGGCAUACCAGGAUUGGUGUGAGGCAUUCUCAACAUAUCCAAGAACGUACGAUCUCAUUCAUGCAGGUGGAGUCUUCAGCAUAUAUCAGGACAGGUGCGAUAUCACCUACAUUCUGCUAGAAAUGGAUAGAAUUCUGAGGCCAGAAGGAGCAGUUAUCUUUAGGGACACGGUGGAGGUCCUUGUGAAGAUUCAGGGUAUUACAGAUGGAAUGAGAUGGAAGAGCCAGAUUAUGGACCAUGAAAGCGGGCCCUUCAAUCCGGAGAAAAUUCUUGUUGCUGUCAAAACAUACUGGACUGGUGAAGCUACACAGAAACAAGACUAGUAAAGAGCUGUAGCGUACUUUCCAUUUCUUUUUUCCUGCUGCAUCUGUCUCUAUGCUUGCAGCUUUUCGGGAGUUCUUUUCUUCUUUGGGAAUUGUCAUGUUUACUUGAGUUUUGCCAAAGCAUACUUUUGCUGUUUAAAUGAAAAAAAAGAAAAAAAGAAAAAAAAAGAGAGGUUAGUUUUCCUAGUGGUCAUGUAUUUUGUUGUAUUAAGUUGUUGAUAUACUGGAGCAAGUUACAACCCCUACGGAAAGAAGAUAAGGACAGUCGAUUUAGCAUAGAACGUCCUUGUCAUUCAUGGUCAGAAAUUAGCAUGGGAAAGGAGCCAAUUCCCUUAACUCUACAAGUUGCCAUCUGUGGUUUGGAAGGAGAGUCCAGGCAUGAUCUGACCACCACACACUAUCUCUCACUUCAUCAAUGCGCUUCUCUUUCUUGGUGGCUAUGCUUGGUGUGUCCUCUUGUUCUCUAAACUAUAAUAGUUUGUAUGGACAACGGUUGUGUUUCAGCAGUGGUGUCACUAAAGUAUGCCUCUCUCUCUCUCUCAGCUAGAGAUUAACUUGGGAGUCUUUGGGACACCUUUUAAUCCAAAACUUAAACCUAUAGUUUUAUAGUUUUGAGUUUAAUUAUGAUAUAUUAACUACUUAUUUGUGACUCUUUAUAUUAAUUUUUAAUUAUGAUA